AUGGCUACUACUAUCUUCCGAGUCGCUUCCUCCACCGCUCCUCCUCUGCGCCACGACGCAACACCGCUACGGAAAACUUCCGUUUCUAACGCUUUCUCUUUCCCGUCAAUUUGUUCUGACAGGAGAAUUGUUAGCUCCGGUGGCCGUAGAUUGAUUGUUGCUGCUAGUCCUCCAACUGAAGAUGCUGUCGUUGCUACUGAACCGCUUACCAAACAGGAUCUCAUCGAUUAUCUCGCCUCUGGUUGUAAGCCCAAGGAUAAAUGGAGAAUAGGUACUGAACAUGAAAAGUUUGGUUUUGAGCUUGGAAGCUUGCGACCUGUGAAGUAUGAACAAAUAGCAGAAUUGCUGAAUGCCAUUGCGGAGAGAUUUGACUGGGAAAAAAUAAUGGAAGGUGAUAACAUUAUUGGACUCAAACAGGGGAAGCAAAGCAUAUCAUUGGAGCCAGGUGGUCAGUUUGAACUUAGUGGAGCCCCUCUUGAAACCCUGCAUCAAACUUGUGCUGAAGUUAAUUCGCACCUCUAUCAAGUAAAAGCUGUUACUGAGGAAAUGGGAAUUGGAUUUCUGGGGAUUGGUUUCCAGCCAAAGUGGGAGCGCAAAGACAUACCUAUGAUGCCAAAGGGAAGAUAUGAGAUUAUGAAAAAGUACAUGCCCAAAGUUGGUUCUCUUGGGCUUGACAUGAUGUUCAGGACGUGCACUGUACAGGUCAAUCUGGACUUUAGUUCUGAAGCUGACAUGAUCAGGAAAUUUCGUGCUGGCCUAGCUUUGCAGCCUAUAGCAACAGCUCUUUUUGCAAAUUCACCUUUCACAGAGGGAAAGCCCAAUGGGUUUGUCAGUAUGAGAAGUCAUAUAUGGACUGAUACUGACAAGGACCGCACAGGCAUGCUGCCUUUUGUUUUCGACGACUCUUUCGGGUUUGAGCAGUACGUUGAUUAUGCUCUUGAUGUUCCAAUGUAUUUUGCGUAUCGGAAAAAAAAAUAUAUCGACUGUACUGGAAUGACCUUCAGGGACUUUUUGGCAGGAAAGCUUCCUAGUAUUCCUGGUGAAUUACCAACUCUUAAUGAUUGGGAAAAUCAUUUGACCACUAUAUUUCCCGAGGUCAGGCUAAAGAGGUAUUUGGAGAUGAGAGGGGCUGAUGGAGGACCUUGGAGAAGGUUGUGUGCUUUACCAGCAUUUUGGGUAGGUUUAUUGUACGAUGAGGUUUCUUUGCAGCGUGUUUUGGAUAUGACAGCAGAUUGGACUCUAGAAGAAAGAGAAAUGCUAAGGAAUAAGGUCACUGUAACCGGUCUAAAGACACCAUUUCGAGAUGGUUUGCUGAAGCAUGUUGCUGAAGAGGUUCUAGAGUUGGCAAAGGAUGGCUUGGAAAGAAGAGGCUUUAAGGAAUCAGGAUUUUUAAAUGCAGUAGCUGAGGUGGUUAGAACAGGUGUGACUCCAGCUGAGAGGCUUUUGGAAUUGUAUCAUGGAAAGUGGGAGCAAUCUGUAGAUCAUGUAUUUGAGGAAUUGCUUUAUUAA